AUGACCAGCCGCGAAGAUUCCGUCUACCUCGCCAAGCUCGCCGAGCAGGCCGAGCGGUAUGAGGAAAUGGUCGAGAACAUGAAGCACGUCGCGUCGUCCGACCAGGAGCUCACCGUCGAGGAGCGCAAUCUCCUUUCGGUCGCCUACAAGAAUGUCAUUGGUGCGCGCCGUGCGUCGUGGCGGAUCGUGUCGUCGAUCGAGCAGAAGGAGGAGUCCAAGGGCAACGAGGCCCAGGUCAAGAUGAUCCGCGACUACCGGGAGAAGAUUGAGGCCGAGCUCGCCAAGAUCUGCGAGGACAUUCUCGAGGUUCUCGACAAACACCUCAUCCCCUCGGCCGCCUCGGGCGAGUCCAAGGUGUUCUACCACAAGAUGAUGGGAGACUACCACCGAUACCUCGCCGAGUUCGCCACUGGCGACAAGCGCAAGGACUCGGCCGACAAGUCCCUCGAGGCCUACAAGGCCGCGUCCGACGUUGCCGUCACUGAGCUCCCUCCUACACACCCCAUCCGUCUUGGUCUUGCGCUUAACUUCUCGGUCUUCUACUACGAGAUCCUCAACAGCCCAGACCGCGCUUGCCACCUCGCCAAGCAGGCGUUCGACGACGCCAUUGCCGAGCUCGACACCCUUUCCGAGGAGUCUUACAAGGACUCUACCCUCAUCAUGCAGCUCCUGCGGGACAACCUGACGCUCUGGACCAGCGACAUGAACGAGGACAAGCCGAAGGACGAGGCCGACGAGGCACCCAAGGAGGAGGCGGCUUAA